AUGAAAUUGACUGCCACAUCUGCCACCUUGGUCUUGGCUCUCACAGCUGCCGUCAAUGCUGCUCCUGCUCCAUUUGAAGGAGAAACUGCUCUUACUAAGAGAGACAUUUCUGCUGCCAAUGAACUUGUUGUAUCUAUGAAUGACUUUGUUGCCAAGAGAGAUACCAUGAGUGCUGAUGAGAUCAUGAAGAGAGAAAACAAAAUUGUUACCGAUGUUUUGUCUUUAAUCAAAAACUUUGGUUUCGCACCUCAAAUUAUUCUGUACCUUGUUUCCGAUCCAGUAUUUGGUCCUAUCACUCAAAAGACCAUUGUCUACCUUAUCCAGCACGGAUUGAUCAACCUUGGUACUUUGCUUAAGGCUUUGAACGACUCUGGUUUGGCGGUGCUGGUCAUUAAAGGUCUUAUCAACGACUGUCAACUUUACCAAGAAAUUUUCAAAAUUGCCGAGCAAUACAUUUCUGAUUUGAUUGGAAAGCUUAAGGCUAAGAUUACCGGCAAGAGAGAGAUCGAAGAACUUGAAUCUGCUGAAAUUCUGUUGCCAGAAGUUGAAAAGAGAGAUGCUUAUGACGUUCUUGUCAGUGUGAUGGAAUCGUUGAAAACUUCUGGAUUGGCCGACCAAGUUGUGCAAGCUUUGGUUACCGACCAAGGUUUCUUGACCUUUGGUGCUGACUUGAUCAAACAAUUGUUCAGCAGUGGUGCUCUUACCAUCCCACAACUUAUCUCCGACCUUGCUGCUUCCGGCUUGGUUCCAUCCUUGUUCAAGGCUUUCUUCAACCUUGGUACAUUGAAUGAUGUGAUCACCACUGCUUUGGCUGCCGCUUCUGGAAAGUGUGGUGGACCAGUUUCUGGAUCUGUGAAAUCUUCUGCUACCCCAACUAAAUCUGGAACCACUCCAAGCUCCACUGGAAAAGGUGCUUGCAGAAAGAGAAGAAGAUCUUACAACUACUAA